AUGCUAUCGAGGCUCGACAGUAGCGUCAGGAUAUUCGGGGCUAGGCAACGACUUGCUCGCGUAAACAACCCCUCCGUCCACAUUUUUCUGUGUCGCCGUCGCGAAGCGAUGGGUGCGCUCAUUCGUACAGCAGGAAGAUCGCGUGCAAUGGUCGUCUUGACUGGCGACGUACUGCACAUCGUUGCGAGACGAGCGUAUACGUUCGCCCGCAAGUAUAUAUGGCCAGACAUCUGA